AUGACUGACGAUGACUAUGAAGAGGUAGAGAUGACCAAUAUGAUUGAUACCAAAUACGAAACAGACAGUUAUUAUGAUGACUUAGUUUCUUCAGUUGUAUUCUCAACUAAAACCUUAAACUUUAACGUGAACACGUCCUUUAAGUUUGCUCAAUUACUUUCUCCACUGCAACCUUCAGGAGAAGAUGACGAUGGUGGAGAACAAACAGGUGAGCUACAAAUUGAGAUCGAUAACCUUAAUGACGAAAUUCGAAAGCUGACUGACACGCUGGGCGAAGCCAUUGAAUUAUCGUUGAAAAAUUCACUGUGGGACCUCGUUUGGAAACUUUUUGAGAUAUAUGGAGAUGAUUUCAUAGAACCUUUCUGGACCGCUCUUGAUUACGACGAUAUUAUAGAAGAAUCCAUUAUGGCGGAGGAAUAUGAAACCACUGGACAUGGGUACAUGACUAUAAGCCCAAUCGAACAGCUCACAGAAACAGUAAAAGAUGUUGCAAUGUUGGCCGAAAAGAUAAUCACUGAUGGAAAAUCUUCAUACAAUAUGGUGAAUGCUAUGGUGGCAGCUUUAGAGAACAUGACUUCAGGAUCAGUUAAAGAUACCACGAGCCCUUCUUCUGCUGAAGAGUCCAUGGAGAGUCCAGACAGUUCUGAAGAACAAGCUGAGAUUCCAAGUACUACUGAAGGCAAUACUGCAGAACAAACGGGUACUACUGAAGGCACUAAUGCAGAACAAACAAGCACGCCUCAAGGCACUACCGCAGAACAAACGGGCACAAAUGAAGAACAUGCGGAAAAUACAGAUACUACAAUAGCAACAACAGAAAGUUCAGUGGUUCGAAAGGAAAACGUCCUUCAACGUCGGUUGGUAGAUCUAUUACUAAAAAAGUUACAGAAGUCAGCUGCAAAAAGGGGAAAUGAACCACCGUAUUAAUAAUAUAAAACCGGUCCAGAAGAAGAGAACAGAUGAAAUAGAAUUGAAAAACUAGAUUAUUUUUUGUUGACUUGAUGAAAUAGCAAAUGACACUCUCCCCAAGUAUUUGAGCCUCAUAAGCACAUUUUAAAAUCAGUGUUUUGCAAUUUUAUGUGCAUUAUGUAGGGUUACAUAUCUGAAAUUUACGUAGAUUUGUAGAACUUGCACAACUUUAGUAACGUGCUAAAAGAAUCUUUCACUAUUUAAAGGCGUCGAUAGAAAUAUCUGGCUCGAGGGGAACUGUUUAGGCGUUAACGAGACUCUGCCUACUUAGCGCAAAACAGUUACCCGAGAGCCACACAUUUCUUUCCGCUCCUUCAACUAGUGGUAGAUUCAUUUUCUUUCCUACCUUAUUCUUAAGUUAAAAGUAGAAAUGAAGUAAAUCGAAUGCUUUUCCUUCAAGCAGUAUUUUAUAAUAGUAACGUAUUAAUUUACUUUUUUAUUCAUACAUUACAGCACGUGAGUAAACUUACAUCCUAGGUGUAAGACAAGUUUCCUAGCAUCGGCAAAAACACGGACAAAUCUUUUCUGACCUGCAAGAAAUUGCUAAUAUUUAACCACGCAAAACUAAUGAGCACUAAAAGUCCUAGCUACACCCUUUUUAGGUUUGACUUUAAGUUAAUGAAUUGAUUUAAAUUAGACUUUAGAUUAUUGAUAUGUUAAUUAGAUAUCAUGACAAGCGAUAAUUAUAUAAUCACUGCAUUUGAAACCGUAGACUGGCUCCCGUCCCUAUGUUUGUGCUGCCAUUUAUCUCAUAUACAAGUUUUAUUCAUUAACAGAGAAAGUAACUCCUGCAGGUUGUUUCUAUAUUUAAAAUUUUUAUUUCCCUGGCUUUAUCUUGAGAUAAAAAUGUGCCUUUUAGAAAUUAACUAUGCAGCCACGGCGCCGGGCUAUUAAAACCCAAGAAAGACAAACACUUAUUUCCAUAACACAAAAAAAUAAGUACAGCUGAAGAUAUAUGUCAUUUUUUUUCAAAGUUUCGCAUUUGCAUUACUUCUUAUUAAUUUUCAAAAACAACAGAAAAAUAUCAGUGAAUUAUGUAUAAAACACUUGUGUACUUGUAGUACAAUAUGUAGAAGCUUUAUAUUGCUGUAAGCCACGCUGUACGAUUUGAUACAAAUAGACAGAAGUUAGCUUUAACUUUGUUUUUUAUUCACUGGACGAUAUUGAUAUUUCUUAUAUGGUAUGUUAAUUAAAGUAAGUUCCCGUGUAAGAAUAUUUGCUUAUAUUUAUGUACAUCUUGUAGCGUGUGGACUUAAAUACAAACAUUGAUUUACCUUUUAAAGGCGCCGAUGUCACGCUUGCAUGAAUCUAAAAUAUUUCAGUCUGCAAACUUUCAAGUAAUUUCUAUUUUAAACGCUUGUAGAAUUGAACUGCUUAUCUUAUUAUCCGUCACUUUCAAAUAUUAACUGAUGGUAAAUGUAUAAUAUAUUUACUUUUAUUCGUUAGGAAAUCUGCAAUACCAUAUAGUUUUCUUUGUGUCUAGGUUGUGUUGCAAACUUUUUACGCUGGAUGCAGUCUAAAAAGGUUUACCUGGUACAUUCUAGGUAUUGCAUUAAGAAGAAUUUUGUAUCUAAGUUUUUGACAUUUUUGACUUUGAAAUGAGUUUUUUUUUAUAACGGUAGUAAGAUACUUGAAUGUGAAAAAAAGACACAACGAUUUUUUUAUUUUGAAACUCGCUAUAUAGAUCUAAAUUAAAUUGUUUACAUUAGAAAGAAACCGUAGUUUACAUGGAAACUUGUUAAUAUUUGCUCAAUAAAUGCUUAUCUUAUU